AUGAGUGGAUUAAAAGAAACACAAAUAGAUGAUGUACCUUUUGUUAAUGAAGUUGAGGAUAAGAAAAAUUGGGAAGAAAAGGUAAUGACAAAUCAUCCAGAAGUUUUACAGUUAGCUGAAGAGACAAGAUUUUUAGAAGGACUUAAAGACAAUUGGCAAAAUACUCAAUUAAAAGAAUAUUCUCUUCCUUCAUUUGCUCGUAAUUUAUCAGAAAAUAAAGUGGUUAAUCCUGACACUUUACCUGAAGAAGAAGUUAUUGCAUUAAUUUGUCAAUAUUUAAAAGAACAAAAAUUACAAGAAACAAGAAUUGCUUUAGUAAAAGAAGUUUUAUCAAAACAUCCCCAAUAUCAAUUACUUCAUCCUGACUCACCUCAAUUUGUAAAUUAUACAUCUGAUCCAUCAUUAAAAGAUGCUCUUGAAGGAAUGGUUAAAUUAGGAUUGACUGAUGCUGAUAAUUUGUUUGAAAAAUUACCAUUUGAAGAAGAAGAUUUUGCUAAAUUACCAGACGAAGAAUAUGACCAACAUAUUUCUUUCCAUACAUCUACUGACACUGACAUUCCUAUUACUGAUGAAAAUAUUUAUAUCGUGAUUUUAUUACACCUAUUGAACUAUUAA